CACACGGUGCCGACCCCAUCGUCCCUGUGCUGGUGUGCAUCCCCGUGACCCUCACCGCAUCACAGUUGAUGGCUCCAGGCUUGGGAGUAGGGCGAUAGGAUGGCUUCAAAGGGUGCCGUGCCAGACAACCGAACCUUGCCCAGCAAGGAGGCGGGCCUCUUUCGGCAGCUGGCGAAGCAGUAUGAGACCAAGCAAUACAAGAAGGGCGUCAAGAAUGCUGACGCCAUUCUCAAGAAGUUUCCGGAGCACGGCGAGACGCUGGCCAUGAAGGGCCUGCUGCUCAACUGCCUGGAGCGCAAGGAGGAGGCUUACGAGCUGGUGAAGCGAGGGGUGAAGAACGACCUACGCAGCCAUGUGUGCUGGCACGUGUACGGCUUGCUGUACCGCUCCGACCGUGAGUAUGACGAGGCCAUCAAGUGCUACAAGAAUGCGCUGCGCAUGGACAAGGAGAACCUGACGGUCAUGCGCGACCUGGCGCUGCUGCAGAUCCAGAUGCGCGACCUGCCCGGCUUCCUGGAGACGCGGCAGACGCUGCUGGAGCUCAAGUCCAACAACAAGCACAACUGGAUCUCGUUUGCGCUGGCACACCACCUCAACGGGCACCACGAGGUGGCGGCCAAGGUGCUGGAGAGCUACGCAGCCACGGUGGAUGAGGAGGGGCCGGGCAGCAAUUCGUCUGAGGCGUAUGAGCACAGUGAGAUGGUACUGUACAAGGCCAUGGUGCUGGAGGAAGGCGACGGCACGGCUGCUCGGCGGCUGCGCGACCCGCUGGGUGUGAAGGAGCAGCAGGCACGGCUGCUGCUGGCGCUGGGGCGGCAGGAGGAGGCUGAGGUGGCCUACCGCCGCCUCAUCACCAUCAACACGGAAAAUUACCAGUACCACGCAGGCCUGCAGGCAGCGCUCAGGCUGCCUGCGGCGGCAGCCAACGGAAGCAGCGAGGCGGCGGGGGGGCAGCAGCAGGCUGAGGCAGCACUCAGCGAGGAGCAGCGGGCGCGGCUGGCGGGUGUGUAUGCUGAGCUGAGGCGGGAGCACCCGCACAGCGUGGCUGCCAAGCGCAUGCCGCUCGACUUCCUGGAGGGCGAUGAGUUUGUCGCGGCGGCGGAUUCAUAUGUUCGCAAGUACCUGCUGCGCGGCAUCCCCUCCCUCUUCACAGACCUGAAGCCUCUUUAUAACAGCAGCAGCAAGGCGGCGCUCCUGGGUCAGCUGUUCGAGCGGCUGGCUGGCAGCUUGCGGGUAAACGGCACGUUGCCGCCGCUUCAGGAAGACAGCAGCAGCAGCAGCAGCAGCAGCAGCGAGCAGCAGCCGGCUCCGCAGGCGCUUGUCUGGGCGCUAUUCUACCUGGCGCAGCACCAUGACCGCCUGGGUCGCACGUCAGACGCGCUGCGGCUUGUGGACGAGUGCAUCGAGCACACGCCCACACUCAUAGAGGCGUACGUGGCGAAGGCCAAGAUCCUGAAGCAUGCUGGGGAUAUGGAAAGCGCGGCGCGGGUGGCCGACGCCGCCCGACGCCUCGACCUCGCCGACCGCUACCUCAAUUGCGUGGCUGUCAAGGCGCUGUUCCGCGCAGGACAUACUGAGCUGGCGGAGUCCACGGCAGCGUUGUUCACACGGGAUGGCGAGCAGGCCAACAACCUGUUUGACAUGCAGGCCAUGUGGUAUGAAGUGGGCAGCGGGCGCGCCUACCUGGCACAGCAGCAGUACGGCAAGGCGCUCAAGCGCUUCCUGAAGGUGCAGCAGCACUUUGAGGACUUCCAGGAGGACCAGUUCGACUUCCACGGCUACUGCAUCCGCAAAAUGACGCUGCGCGCGUAUGUGAGCAUGCUGCGCAUGGAGGACCGCUUGUUUGCCCAACCCACCUACCUCAAGGGCAUCAGCGGUGCCAUCCACACUUACAUCCAGCUGCACGACCGCCCCGCAGGCGGGCAGGCGCAGGAGGAGGAGGCGCUGCUGGCGGGGAUGAGCGCAGAGGAGCAGAAGAGGUACCGCCAGAAGAAACGCAAGGAGGAGCAGCGGAAGGCCAAGGAGGCGGCAGAGGCUGCGGCCAAGGAGGCCGUUGAGGCGGCGGCGGCCGCCGCCAAGAAGGGGGACAAGGGAGAGGAGCGCAAGAAGAAGGAUGCCGAUCCCGAUGGCGAGCAGCUGGCCGCCGUGGCCGAUCCGCUGGCUGAGGCCGCCAAGCUGUUGCGGCGCCUGCGGGAGCAUGCAAGCGACAAGCUGGCGGUGCAGCAGCUCAGCUUUGAGGUGGGGGCUGGCGUGUGGUUUUGCGGAAUGCUUGACUGGGUUUGUGGUUGUAGUCUUGACUUGAAGAGCUGA